UCCGUGGAGUGGUUACCAGGGGAACGCGAUUUUCUAUAAGUUGUAGCUAACUGAGUGGCAAGGCACUGUUUUUUGGGAUGAGCACCAAAUAUAUUACUGUUGUAUUUCCCUUAAAACCGAAAAUAUAUGUCAAAUAGCGUCUCCUAUGACGGGAAUAAGGUAGUGUCUUAACAUCGUGGUUGGAGUCUACGUGCUUUAAACACAAGGAGAGGCCUUCCUUCAAAAUGCCAUCAAGCCAGAUCUUGCAGCCAGUUCUCAAAAUGAAGGUGGAUGAGCUCUUCCUCACCUGGCUGAGCAACACCAAAACCCAGGCUGUCUUGAAGGACUACUUGGAUCUCAUCAAGAUAGGAGACCAGUGCGAUCUAAAAGAUGUGGCCGCCACGACAAAAAAUAUGCAGACCUUCAAAGAGAACAACAACGUGACGUCCCAAAAUAACUGGGUGGCGGAGAAGAAGCCCAAUGCCUUCAACACCCCCUUGAACCCCCCAUCAUCGGCCGCCACCUUGCCCUCGGGAUGCAGUGGCGGUACCAGAGUGACGGGCCCCCAUGGCAGGAUGCUACGGAGGUCUGUCACUUCCAAAAAGGCACAGGUGAGGACAGAGGAACCCGUCACCAACCCACUGAGCGAAAGCAUUCCAAAGUUCUACUUCCCGCUGGGUCGGCCGCAAGCCAACCUCAACAUCGACGGCCUCAUUUCCAAAGUUGAGGCGACGUUUUGCCAAUUCCCCAAUGAAAGGGCCACCAUUGAGGACAUGGGGCAGGUUGCCAAGGCCUGCGAGUGUCCCCUCUACUGGAAGGUGCCAUUGUUCUGCGCGGCCGGAGGCGACAGGACGGGUUUCGUGUCUGUUCACAAGUUUGUGGCGAUGUGGAGAAAAACGCUGCAGACCUGCCACGACGACGCGGCCAAAUUUGUGCACCUCCUGGCCAAGCCUGGCUGCAAUUACCUGGAACAAGACGACUUUAUUCCCUUCCUGCAGGAUGUGGUGAACUCUCACGCAGGCUUGUCCUUCCUGAAGGAAGCACUAGACUUUCACUCAAGAUACAUCACCACGGUGAUCCAGAGGAUAUUUUACAACGUGAACCGCUCCUGGACUGGCAAAAUAACGUGUUCGGAGCUGCGGAAAAGUAACUUUCUUCAGAAUGUGGCACUGCUGGAGCAAGAAGAAGACGUUAACCAGCUGACAGAGUUUUUCUCCUAUGAACACUUCUACGUCAUCUACUGCAAAUUCUGGGAGCUGGACACCGACCAUGACCUUUACAUCAACCAGAAGGACCUGACACAGCACAACGACCAAGCCAUCUCCCAAAAGAUGAUUGAGAGAAUAUUCUCAGGAACAGUAACAAGAGACAGGCGUGUCUUCAAGGAGGGCCGCUUGAGUUAUGCCGAUUUUGUUUGGUUCCUCAUCUCAGAGGAGGACAAGAAGACAGACACCAGUAUCGAGUACUGGUUCCGCUGCAUGGACCUGGAUGGGGACGGCGUGCUGAGCAUGUACGAGCUCGAGUACUUCUACGAGGAGCAAUGCCAGAAGCUGGAGAGCAUGGCCAUUGAGCCGCUGCCCUUUGAGGACUGCCUUUGCCAAAUGCUUGACAUUGUCAAGCCAGAGGUUAAAGGUCAAAUCGCCCUGCGAGACCUGAAGAGGUGCAAGCUGUCCCACAUCUUCUUCGACACCUUCUUCAACAUCGAGAAGUACCUGGACCACGAGCAGAGGGACCCCUUCUCUGUCAUCAGGGAAGUGGAGACGGACGGCCAGGAAAUGUCAGACUGGGAGAGAUAUGCCGCAGAGGAGUACGACAUCCUGGUGGCCGAGGAGGCCGCCGCCGAUCACUGCAAUGACGUGUACGAGAACCCGCUGAGUCCCUUAGAACCUCACAUCUCAGCCGACCUGGUUCUGACUAAGAGACACAUCUUUGAGAUCCCCAGUCCUCACUGCAACUUGGACCUGGACAAGUACGAGUAUGAGGACGACUUUGAAUGACAAAGCUCCAGGUAACCUCGGCUACGCUUCUGUUCAGUGCAGCCUGAUGCUACUGCUGCUGCUGCCUCUUCUUUUUGCCACUUUUUUUCCCCAUCUGAUACAAUGAAGUGGCCUGGAAAUUGGACUCUGACAGACUACGCCUCUGUCCCAUCUUUGGCUAACUUGACAUUCCGGUGGUCGUAUCAGAAGCUUCUGUACAAUAUGUAAAAACAGUCACCUGCUUUCAUACUAUGUGUGUGUGUGAGAGAGAUAUAGAGAGGUUGUUUUAAUUUAUAAAUAUAUCUACAGACUGUAAAUAUUUUUGCUGUGAUGUAAAUGAAUUGCUUGAAAUAACAUUUUAUAUGUCAACUUAAUAAAGCAUUCUAGUUAAUGACUAGAAGACACCA